UCGGGAUGGCAGCCAUGUCCACGAUGAUCGAUAAUGCAGCGGAGACUGCCGACAGGUUGUCUCUGGGGCUAAAUUGGGAUGCCCGCUGGAAAAAUUGCCCAGCUUUUCUAGCGGUUCUUCGAAAAAGCCAUCGACAUCUGAAGGAAUCCAGCGACCGGAAGGAAUGGGCAAAAGUGUAACGACGCUAGUAUGGGUUCUUAUCUAUUUAUUUAUUACGGAGGACAUGCUUGUUUUUACUUUUUAUUUUUUCUCACUGCUAUUCGCACAACUGGGGGUCAGGAUCUGGGGCUUGUGGGAUAUGGUCUUGUUUUUUCUUCGUUUGAUAUCUUCUCCGCAUCGUCGAUGUGCUUCAUUCUUAUCGGAUUUUAUUCAUCGUCUUCUGGGGCGCUCUGGUGAUAUGAUACAGGAUUCUAUCUUGCAUAGUUGUCUGGACUAUACGACCCCUAUACGUUAACGACUGUUGAAAUUGUGUCUUUUUCGUUUCCCUUGUUAGGUUUGACGCGAUGGCGGCUGAUAUCGGACUUGAUGCGAUGAUGAUCAGCAAAUCACGAUAUAUCUCAGGAGACACUACGAGACGAU